UACAUUAUCUAGUACUCAUAAGUGGUUCUUGUUUAAUGGAGUUUUUAAUCUAAGAUAUUUGGUUACCGAGUGGAUCAUCAUGUUAUUGAGAAGCACAUCUGCUCCGAUACUGAACUCGUGGCUUCCACAACACUGCUCCAGAGAAUCGUCUCCGGAGCCGGAGUCACAGCUCCAGCGCAGGUCAAGAUCGCUGUCUCUUUUCUCAUCAAAGUCAAUAGAUGGACACACUGGGGAGGUGUUGCAUCAAGCACUCUCCGACCACAAGGAGAGUGUUCUUAAAUCAAACAGCAGCGAGCACAGCUAUAAAAAUCCAACAUCAAGCAGGCAACGCAGGUCAUCUUUAGAUGAAACACGCUAUACAAAAAAAACUUUGGAUCGGUCGUCACCUUUCUUAGUGGAGAGGCUCUUCUCGAGCUCUGGACUGGGAGACAAGGCCAGUAGUGAUGAUCGUCUGGCGACUCUUGUGAGUGGUGGUGGUGGCGGGAUGGGAAGCAGCGGCGGCAAGAUUUGUACUGGCGGUGGUUUGGGUGGAAGUGGUGUUGACGGCGGUGGGAGUGAGGACGCUACCGAUACGUAUUACAAGGAGAUGAUCGACGCGAGUCCAGGAAAUUCGCUUUUGACCGGAAACUACGCCAAGUUCUUGAAAGAGGUGAAAGGAGACAUGAAGAAAGCAGAAGAGUAUUGUGAAAGAGCAAUUUUGGGGAACACCAACGAUGGAAACGUUCUAUCUCUCUAUGCUGAUCUCAUUUUGCACAACCACGGAGAUCGUCAAAGAGCCCACUCUUACUAUCAGCAAGCCGUCAAAAUGUCCCCGGAAGAUUGCUAUGUGCAAGCUUCAUACGCGAGGUUUCUGUGGGAUGUGGAAGAGGACGAAGAUGAAGGAGAAGAAGAAGAGCAAAGGAGUGAUGAAACUGGCCAUGUGCCUCCAACUACCAUCUUCCGUGAUUUUCCCCAACACACUUCUAUUACCGCAUCAUCCUAAGACACAUAUAUGUACACCUUCGUGAGUUUCGCAUUUAAAUAAAUAACAUAUAUAGAAGCAUGUUUAAUACACAUAUUUAAAUGCAAUAUGCUUGUAUAAUAUCUGUUAAGAAUCUUUGUAUAUGUUCUGUAGUCUUUACUCUUUAUAAUAUGGAUAUGUACUGCUAUUUGCAGUAUGUAUGUGUCUUUUUGUAUUGUAAAUGAAACUUACCCUGUUCC